AUGCCUAAAGAUUCUUCAAAGCAACCUAAAGCUAACAAAGAAACAAUAAAAACUCGACCAGAGAAUGUGAGAGUGACGAGAUCACGAGCUAAGGCCUUAGGGUCUUCAUCCAAACCUUUUCUUAUACAGGAACCAAAGGUUAAGAAACGAAUGACAUCAUAUGAUCAUCCUACUGAGGCUUCUUUUAAGCAUAAGAGACGUGCAGUGCUCAAGGAUGUGACUAACUGUCUGGAUGGGAGCUAUAUUAAGCUAAGUCCAGCCGAAUGCGACCAUACGAUAUACUUUUUUUAA